GCACCUGAACCAUCACAUUUGCCAUGCCUGCUGGCAUGGUGCUCCUUCUUCGCUCGCGGGAUGGAGACAUUUUCGAGGUUGAUGACUGGAUCCUUGAUCUAAGCCCAGUGCUUUCGAGCACGGACACCGAGGAGGAAAUCCCCUUGCCACUGGUGGGAAGUGGAGCCUUGAAGAUACUCUUGGCGCAUUGCAAGGAAUUUCAAAAGCAAGGCCGGUGGACCUUGAGCCGAAGGCUCUCCAUGAAGCAGGUGGAGGAGCUUUUUGGCGCUGCGCAUGGCCUGGCGCUGGAGCACUUGGGUGCGCUUUGUGCUGCCAGAUUAGCGAAUGGCGUGCAAGAGCAGGCGCAGAUCUCUUUGCCAAAUUUGCUUCGGGUGCUCCAAAUGCGUUUGCGGCUGCCACCCCUGGCCUUGCAAGCAGUGGUGACGGCUGCCGCGUCCGGGGGCCUGGAAGCACUGGAAGUCAUCGCCAGGCACCGCUCGCACAGCUCCUCGACUGUUCGUGCUGCGGUGGCGCGGGCCAUGUGUUCGGCCCCACGCGGCCAUCCGGUGACCCGAUGGCUGCCGAAACGUUUGCAACUCGAGGAGGCUGAAGACGUGCAACUGGAGCUUCUUCGCUCGAUUGCCUCCACUGCCGAUGGAGAGACUUUUUCUCAGGUCCUGCCGUUCAUGGCACCUCACCACAAGGUGGAGCUCCGCCUGGCUGCAGUGCAUGCCUUACGUCUCAUCUCCCCAUCGGGGCCCUCGGUGCUGGCAGCCUUGAUCGGAGCAGGGCCAGUCUACUCGAAGCAAGGCCUAGAGGAUCGGAGCGUGGAAGUUCGACUUUUGGCUUUAAGGGCUUUAAGGGAGGACUUCAGCGACUGCAGGGCUGUUCAGGUGAUCAAGGCUACGGCACAUCGCUUGCACGAUGAUGAUAUGAAGGUGCGAGAGGAGGCCAUCAAGACCUUGUCUUGCAUUGCUGGCAAUGACGGUGGCAAAGGCGAAGAAGGAAAUGCUGCUGCGAUCCAGUUGGCUGUGGAAUGUUUGAAACACAAGUCCUCUUCAAUCCGAAGUGCAGGGAUACGAGCACUCCGUCAAAUUGCUCGCGGUAAUUGGACGGCCAUUAGCAGCAUUCUCCAUCAUCUUGACAACCCAGAUGUCCGAAAUACUGCCUGUUUGGCCUUGAUGCAAGUGACUACAAGUCUGGAAGCAGUCCACAUCGUCCUAUCCUGCUUGGGCACGCCGACGCGACGCGAGGCGGUGUUUCAUUGCUUGCAGUUGCUGAGGGCCAAUCUUCCAAGCAAGUGGUUUGCCAGAUGCCUCGCGAACAGGCUUCCAAAAUUCAUGUCCCACAAGGAGCCACCCACUCGCCUGGCUGCCCUCAGAGCCUUGACGCUUGUGAACCCUCGACUCGUUGUGCGUCCACGGCUUCUUCGUUCUGUGGGGCUGCGGCUCUUGGACAAGGACCGUGCUGUUCGGGCCGAAGCCUAUCGCGUGGCACGAAGAGCGCCGCCGAAGCAGAUUUUGGCGCCGUUGGUGGCCCACUUAGCUUACGGAGGCAGACAAAAACUAGUGACACAGGCCUUUGGCACACUCGCAAAUCCCAGUUGCUUUGCUCUUUUGCUGCCGGCCUUGACGAAUCCGAGACCACAAGUUGGUCGAGCAGCGAUCCACAUUCUGUCUCAGAGCAAUGUGCCAGUCGAGGAGAUGAUGCACAUAAUGGCAGAGCUUCUCAAAUUCCUGGAAAAUGGGAUCUCAGUGCGAUUUGAGUGCCUGGCCACUUUCCUGCACCUUCUCGAAAGGACUCAGGUGAGCGUGAACCCAGAGCUGAUGGAUUUCACCAGCCGCCUCCUGCAGCCCAGGCUGCAGCCCAGUGGCCUUACCCCUGCGCGAGUGGCCUGGGCAUCCUGCAUCAUCGCCAUGGCGAGGCUCCUGAAAUCUUCAGACAUGACGCCUGGGGCCUUUGAGGAGUUUUUGCGGCACUUGCUCCAGAUGCUAAAGAAUGAUCAGUUAGCCAGACAAGCUGCCAUCCUGGCCUUGCCUUUUGUCUUCCAGACGCGGCACGGCAGUGAGGCAGUGGAGGCUGUGGCCAAUCUUUUGUACCACCGUUGCUGGCAAGUACGAUGGACAGCUGCAGCCGCCUUGAUUGGGUUUGAUCCCGAAAAUCAUCAAGUCAAGCCUCAUCCGCCUGAACUUUGCCUCACCAUCCGAAAAUCAUUGGCAGCCAAAGUGGAGAGCGACCUGAGCUUCGUGAGAGAUGUUGCGAAAGAUGUUUCCCAACAUGGGCUGGAAGGAAAUCAUCAGCUUUGCCGCCAGGCAUGGCUCAUUUCCCUGGAAGUUCCGUCCAAAAGAUGGGUCGACGAAGCCUGGGAGCCCGAGAUUCCACGGAAGUUCGCCAGACUUCGACCCAAAUCCUCUGGGACAUGUGAUCUGGACUGAGUUCUUUUUGAUGAGAUGUGCGUAUGAUGAAAGCAGGGCCCAAAUACAAGCUCGAAAUCAGAGAAGAGGGCAGCAAGACUGAGAGUGGUCGUGCGCGGGGAAGAUUCUGAAGGAGCUUGGAGCUUCUCUCAAAAGGAGACCACCAAGCUCCAAGCUGGAGUUUCUCUUCAUUGCGUUGAUGGUGAGCCCUUCGUCGCCUUCAUUGCACCUGUUUUCCUCAAAAGGGAGUGGAUUUCGGAGUCGUUGAUGAAGCUGCUGCCGAUGCUGGGCCUGACGCACUGCGAGUUCUAAGACGAAGCCUGCGUUACCUUGUGCACUGGUUGCGAGUUCAAGACGAGCUUCUUCACCAAUCUUCACCUUUCUUGGGGCCCGCCCGGCAUCCAAUCAUUCAUCCCAUUGGUGGUGGCCCUUUGCCUGCUCCGGGCCUGCUCAUGGUCACUCCAGCUAAGAUCAUUGCCCCUUUGUCCCUCCAAACACGACUCCAGCCGCCUAUUCCUAUCUUAGUUUGCGACGCAAAGGCCCUCCCCAUCUCCCCUACCUACCUCUCAUCCACCCUGUCUCAAGUUAUCGACAUGUUGCCCACCAAGCCCUGAUGGUUGUUGGACUUGCGGUAGACCGUUCCAAGUUGUAUUUGCAGUGAGGCAGUUCCUUUGCCAUACUUGACUUUCUUCGGAGGAAGUCCAUCAGUGAGGCGGAGAAGCACUGGACCACGUUUGGCUGGCCCGGUCUGCACCGAAAACUUGGCGCUUUUGAAGGUUGGGGAUGCAGUCCUUUUUCCCGCUUCCCUGCACAAGCAGC